AUGAAGAAAAAGUAUCAAGGCUCUUCCAGAACAAAGUGUGUACUGCUUCAAGUCUUGAGAAAGGAAUUCGAGAUGCUGCAAAUGAAGGAACGUGAAUUUGUGACUAGCUCUUUCGCAAAGAUGAUGGUUGUGGCCAACAAAAUGCGGUUCCACGGUGAAAAUAUGGAGUAUGUUGUCAUUGUUGAGAAGGUAUUGAGAUCUAUGACACCUAAGUUCAAUUAUGUUGUUUGUUCGAUUGCAGAAUCUAAAGAUGUAGAUACGCUCUCCCUUAAUGAGCUCCAAAGUUCGUUGUUGGUUCAUGAACAAAACAUGAAUCGAGAUUCCACAACAGAGGAACAAGCGUUAAAGGCUUCUACCUCUACUUCUUCCUCCAAUUUCAGAAGACGAGGAUGA